CUAAUUUCUAACAGUAUGGCUAAAGUACACGAGCAUAAAAUAAUUUAUCCUGAUGAGGAUCGCCCAAAAAUCACAAGAAAAAUUCAAAAAGAACUAGAACUCAAUCGAAGUGCUAAAUCUCUUGAUAAUAUGGAGCCUUCAGAGAAAAGCAAUCUCAGUGAUAUGGACGAACCAGACAUCCAAGAUGUGAAAAUUUUUCAAUUCGAUAUUAAUAUCAUUAGACCAUACAGGACUGAAAUAAUCAGAAGGAAGCCAUGGUUCAGUUCAGAUUUACUCAAAUCAUUUAUAGAAACGAAUUCAGAAGAAGAAGAGUUAGGCUUGCCCCCUAUCAAAGCUUGCUGACAGCCUGGAGAAAUGGAGUUAACACCUCUCCCAGAAGACAGUGAAAGCUGGAAUGAUAAAGUUUAUAAACCUCGUAUCGAAAUUCCGUUCAAUCUGAACAAUAAAUACUCAGAACGUACAAUCGUAUUCAAGACUUUGAAUCGAAACAGAGUAAAUCUUUUCGAAGGUGAAAUAAGACGGAUCAGAAAAAGAGCUGGCUUAUUUCAGGUGAAGAAGAGGUUCCACAUCACUAUCAAUAACGAAGGGAUCAGCCUAUAUCAAUACAGGAAAGGACUUGACUUUGAAGAGGACUCUCCAGAUAGACAGUUCCUUUUCGCCUGCGAAAAGUUCCAAGUUAUCCAAACCACUUCUCAAAAAUUUAGGAUCCAGAUAGGAAAGAAAUCAUACCAUUUUGAAGCAAGAGAAGAUAUCACUGAUUGGUGCAGGUUUAUAAAUGAACAAAUUCAGAAUAAAGAAGAUAUUGGAAAGACCAUACAAACCAAACCUUGGAAAUCUGCUCAUAUUGUUAAAGACAAGUUUAUGAAAACUUCAAAUACUUUCGACUUGUUUAGGUUCUGUGACCAAGGGAAGAAGUCAUUUGGGAUCAUACUUAAAACUCAUGAUUCUAAAGCUCCCAAGAAGUCUUACUACCAAUAUUCACCGGAAUGUUGUUAUUACUCUCAUGAUACAAAAAGAGUCUGUAUUAAACCGAUAGAGAAAGUUCCUGAUCACCACGAUGCUUUUCUAAUCCCUCUAGCAGGGUUUAAAUGAGAUGCAGAGACUCUUAGUAAUGCUGUAGGAGAUAUUUCAGAUCUUGUCAAGCAGUCCAAAAUCCGUAAACUCAGUCAACUUGAUUUCAACCAUUUUCUCCGCGACUUCUACAUAAAUAUCGGAGUUUUUACAGAAAUCUCUGAAAAAUUCCCAGUGAAAAAGACACACUUCAACAACAUCUUUAACUCUAAAGCUGUAGAAUAUGCUGACGGAUGCUAUUUCGACAAUAAGCUAAGAAUAAUCACUUCUGAAUAG